ACGUGAUUGGCCUAAGACGAUACCGUACACCGCAAUACGAUGCAGAGUGAAAUUUGUCCUGCUCACUCACUCUGGCCUGACAGGCCUUGAUCAACGAUGAAGAUGGCGACAGGCCUCGAGUUCAGUGAAGAAGAAGAUUUGCUCACUGAUGAGACCAUCGAGGAGCGGGAUCCUAAUUUCGUGGAGGAGAGAUUUCGCGUAGACCGGCGUAAACUGGAGCAAAUGCUUCAAGCUGCGGUAGCAGGAUGUGGACAAACAGGCGAAGAGUUCUUCCAGAAGAUUAUGGACGAAACGGCAACCACGAUAACAUGGCCCUCGAAACUCAAGAUCGGAGCGAAAUCAAAGAAAGAUCCUCAUAUCAAAGUAGCAGGCUUACCAGACUCUGUGCGACAAGCAAAAGAGAAAGUCAUGGCAGUCUUAGAUACAAAGUCAAACAGGGUGACUCUUAAAAUGGAUGUGUCUCACACUGAUCACUCCCAUAUCAUUGGGAAAGGAGGAGGGAAUAUUAAGCGAGUUAUGCAAGACACUGGAUGUCACAUUCAUUUCCCUGACUCAAAUAGAGGAGCUACCAAUGAAAAGAGUAAUCAAGUGUCUAUUGCUGGCCAACCUUUAGGUGUUGAAAGUGCAAGACAGCAAAUCCGGGAUUUACUGCCUUUGGUUCUGACAUUUGAUUUACCCUUGAGUGGUAGACUACCUACAGAUGCCAAUUCACCAACUAUUCAGCAUAUAGCCCAAACCUGCAAUGUCUCUAUUUCUUUCAAACAGAGACCUAGAGCAGGAAAUCAAACGGCAGUUAUAAGAGGAUCACAGCAGCAUAUAAGUGGCAUAAAGGAUGCCAUUGCCCAUCUUGUUGGACACUUGACAGCAAAAAUAGCUUCUUCAGUUCCAGUGAACAUGCAGAUAGAUAUUGCACCCCAGCAUCACUUAUUUAUAAUUGGAAGAAAUGGUAUUAACAUCAAGCAAAUCAUGCAAAGGACAGGAGCAAAUAUUUUAUUUCCUGAUCCUAAUGGCACACAAAGGAAAGGCACAGUAUUUAUUACUGGAACAGUUGAUGCAGUCAUUGAAGCAAGAUCACAGCUUAUUGAUUGUCUUCCCCUGAUAUUGAUGUUUGAUCUAAGAGAGGAAGAUGGAGAUCCAGAUAUACCAAAUUUGAAUAAAAUAAUGGAGGCAUAUGAUGUGUUUGUCAGUGUAAAACCAAAACCCAAGCAGCCAAGCAAGUCUGUGAUUGUGAAGAGUGCAGAAAAAAAUGUUGCAAGGAUGUAUCUUGCGAGACAAGAAAUUCUAGGACUGGAUGGAAAUGAAAAUCUUGCUGUAUCAUCAACAAUCUCAACAUCAAGCUCAGUUGAUCAUGGCAUUCCAUCCCCAGACAAUAUGUCAAGAAAUUACUUCAGUAAGCUCAGCCUCAGUUCGUCACCACCGGGUUACCUAUAUGACCACAUGAAUGGACACACAAGUCCCAUGUUGAGUCCUAUUGAUCCAGCAUCCAACAAUCCACAUCCAUGGUUUGCCUCAACCAUGGCUCCAUCAUCACCCACAAUCUCGAACAUGAUUGGUGGUUUAGUGACCCCACCAAUGAAUCCUCUUAUGAACCGCUCAACAACUUAUCCAAGCAAUCCACCACCUCCUCCUGGCCUUGGUCCACCAGUUACAAUGUCUUCUAUGCAUAACAAUGUUCCGAGUGGUUAUGUUAUAAAUUAUUCUGGAUCUCUGCCUAGUUCAGAUGGAUACGUUGGCGGCAUGAGUAUAGGAGCAGAGCAAAGUCAUAAAUCACAGAAUCACUUGAGUCGAAGAACCACUAGUCCUCAAGGACAAAGAACACCAAGCCCUGAUGACAGACAGAGUUUGAAUGGCAGUCCUAUGAGACGAAGCUCUUCUGGAAGUUUGAGUCCAAGAAGUCCUAAGUGUACAAGCCCAAUGACUGUUGAGGAUGAUGCAAAUCAUAACAGCGUGGCCAGCGGAAAUGACCUGACUGACUCUAUCCCGUAUCACGACGCUAAGACGCACGGCAGUAAUGAUGGAGCCCUAAACCCAGUUGGAUCCUCAGUCACUCAUGGUUCUAAAAGACAAACUGUUCAAAUAUUGUCUGGUGCAAAAAAUGUUAGUCUUCGUAAUAGUACGUCAAGUCUUAACUCAGAUCCCAGUGAAUCAGAUGACAGCCUUAGUUCGUCUUUAUCGCUCCUGCAGCAGCUCCUACCAAAUACCCCCAUUCAGCCGGCUGCUCGUUACGACUAUUUGAAGUCCAAGGCGACCGUAGCCAUGCAGAAGAAAGUUGUUAUGAACGAAGUGAGAACGCCUACAAGCCAUUGGAGUGGUCUUGGAUUCUCGAAAUCAAUGCCGGAAUCAGCAAUUAAAGAAUUACUUGAUUUCAAGGCUCAUACCAAAGGGAAUCUAUUGCCGUACAAUGGAUCGAUUAAUGGAAGUUUUGAAGCUACCGAUACAUCUUCGCUGUUCAGCUCUGGUCCAAGAGAAUCGCGGAGCAGAAGUGGAUUUGAGUCUACGCUAAGACCAGAACGCCUUGACGAAGAAGAAUUGCCUGCUGAAUGUAGCAGACCAGGAACCAUUGGCUCAAGGAGGAACAGCUGUUCAUCCACAUCCUCUUCAACUUGUUCAGAUCUUCGGGACCUGUUUGAGAAAGUUGGUCUUGAAAAGUACCUGAGGACCUUCCAAGAACAAGAGGUUGACUUGCCAACGUUCCUGACUUUGACGGACGACGACCUUAAGGAACUGGGAAUAGCUGCUUUUGGUGCGCGGAGGAAAAUGCUUCUGACAAUUCAGGACCUGAAAAUGAAACCCAGCCAUGAAAUAAAACAACCGAGUUCCGACUCCACGGACCGUACUGGACCCUCGGGAAGCCUUUUUUCGGACAAUGAUUUUGGCCCUCUCCCAUUCUGCAGACGACAUCAGAUUGGAAUCGCAAGUAAAAGUGGGAAAUGGUGACUUCCUUGAAAGCUUUCCUUACUUAAAAUAUGUACUGUAAGUACGUUAGAAGAGAGUUGACAUGACUUACUUAUUUCCCUGUGUUUUUAAAGCAAUUUUUGUGACUCGUAAAGGAAGUUACUUAAAAUUCGCUCUUAGAGAAGACUUAAGAACUAUUGUGCUAUUUUGUAAGGGUGUUCUUAGAACUAGCAUUUGCUGGGGUAAGUUAGUCAAGGGCCGCCUUAGAUAUAAGAGUGCGCUCGAUCUGACUGAAUGGGAGAAAUUAUAAUGGGAUUGCCGUUUAUCAACCCUAUGUGCGCAGAUAAAUUAUACCAGAGAAAACCAAGUAAAUUAUCUAAAGCAACGAACAAUUUUGGUUGGGCUGCUAACAUCCAACCGGUGCAGAGGUUGUAAAUAAUACAAGUUAUUGCAGAAAAAGGGAUUUAGCAUUAUAUAAUUAUCUAAUUUAUAGUUUGGUGUGCACGUUAAGUUAAUUAUACAGGAGAGUGAACUACACACUUUUCUCUCAAUUCGUUUGUGUUGUGAAUGUAACUGAUUAUUGCCAUUUUCGCGUAAAACAACUUUCCUGCAGCAUACGAGAGAUUUAGCAGUUGGCAAGAUGUUAAGCAAGUUUGUUUCCAAGCUUCGCCGGCAAAGAAUUUCGAAAAGUUGAGUGUUAAAUUAGGCUUUUUCAAUGGUUAGGAAGGGGUGGGGUGGUCAACAAUUGGUUAGGGGACGGGGGCAACAGACGUUUAGCAAAAAAUUAAAUUUAAGGUAUGGUGGACCCCCCCCCCCCAAAAGCAAAAUUAGUAUUCUUCCUGUGCUGAUUUCUAAGUUCACUCUUCUGUUUAAGGUUACUUAAUUAAUAUUAUUCGUAGUUUGGUAGAUAUACGUAAAAGAAAGGAGAGGUUUUAAAUUUAUUGGGAACAAGAUUUAAAUUAAGGAGCUUCAGACUUCCGUCAGAUGCAUAUUAAUUUUAUAGAAAUUUUUGAGACUUUUUAUACUCAUGAGGAGCGAAUUCCUUGGGUUUUAAACAUCCUUAUCUCGAAAGUACUGCGAUUUGAACACGUACUUACACAUGUGUUUUAACAUGUUUUCCAAAUUUUGAAACACUCAAUUCAUGAAUUUGACGAGGACAGGGAAACUGUUGCUAGUACACAGCUAUUGAAAUUCAUUUGUCAACUGCGUGACACAUUAUACACUUACCAUGCAUCGCGUGACACAACUUGUGCAAACUUUGAAAGUCGCGGAGCAUUACAUUUUCAUGGCAGUUUACAUUAACUAAGAGAGUACCAGUCUUUAACCGGCUGUAACUGUUAAAUUUCUCUUUUAUUUUUCAAGUCAAAACUACUAUCGAUAGAAGUGACUAAGUUUCUCUAUUGCGGGCUAAGAAUUGGUUGAAAUCGUCAGCGGUACUUGCCGUAAGAUCCCCACUCUGGUAUUGCAUAAACAGACUUGUUUUAACGGUCCAAAAUAUAGACAAGAACCGUUUUCGUGUGCUUAUUCCCCGGAAAUGUCUAUAUUGUGUAUUUUAUGUUCUGGCGUCGUACACAACGGUUGUGAAUUGACUUUAAUUAUUAUUAUUUUUUUUAACAAGAGGCAGAUCGUUUUGUGACAUUUCUGACUAGUGUGACAGAUGAAAGAAACGCAAGUCUAAAAAAAAUUGGCCUUGUUUUCUAUAUGCGAUUUCAACUCUUCUGAGCCCUCUAAGAAUUUGUUUCCGAAGCAAUGGCUUGAGUUCUCAACGCUUGAGGCGUGGUCUUAGUUAGCAGAGAUACCAGUAUCCCACUAUUUACAAAUUACACUUCACGAGAAGCCCAUUUUAGUCUUCAUUUAAACAAACAACCGUGAAAAAAUUCAAAAAGAGAAAAUGAUAAAAAUUUAUAUAAAACAUAUUUAGAGACAAGGUGGAAAUUACUGGAGGCAGAAAUUUUGCUGCAGUCACACAAAAAAAAACAAAAGUAAUUUUAAUUGUUUAGUAAAGAUUGUCAACUUUUUAACGUAUUGGACUGAUUUAAAGACUUGCAUGUUUAAGCUAGUGCAUGUAAAUGAAUUGUAUUUAACAGUAGUGGUGAAGCAAAGCUUUUCUUCUCAUAGAAUGGUGGAAGUUUGCUCAAUAACGCCUUGCUGUGUGUUUAAUACUUCGAAAUAUUGAACGAGAUCAUUCUCAAAAAAAAGAAAGAAAAAAACGAAAGAAUCAGACAAUGACCGGAAAUUUGAAGAAGCGGGCGUUUAUUAACAAUAGCGUUUAUUGGUAGUCAUCGGACGUUUCCGACAACUGAUCGAAAAUUUCCGGAGAGGAUUUUCAAUGCCCGUCACCAAUAAGGAGCCUAAGCAUAGACGUUUUUGAGACGAGAAAAGCUGCAGAAGUUGAGAAUUAUUUUCCUUAGCUGGAGCUUACAACAGAUUUUUUUUUUAACUGUAUGCAUUGAGAUGCUAAAACUGUUUAAAGCUUUGCAGUCGGUUCCUUGAUGUCGAAGCGCAUUUGAUCGGAAGUCGUUACUUCCUGGCGGCGUACCUGUCUCAGAAACGUCCGCGCUCAGUCUUUUGUAACAAUAUCAAAUAAUUACCGAUCAGAAUCGAGUUUGAUUUACCGCAGAGUACUCAGGACAAGCUUUCUAUCUGGCCAUUGUAGAAUAUACUAGCUGCGUAACAUAAGCUGUGCAUAGAAAGUAUUACAUUCUAAAUUGUUUUGUUUUUUUUUAUCCAGGCAAGGCGCCUUCAGAUUAUUUUUGAAAAAUAUUUUAUGUUAAUUAUUCGUUUGCACAGAAAUCAUUGUGAAGUGUAAGAAUUACACACACGGUUGACUUUCACUUUUUGGUUGAUUGCACUAGUUUGAACAAUUAACCCGUUCAGCCCUACGAUUGUUUUAACGGUUCUUUUAUAGUAGCUUCGUUUCAUUACUCGUAAAGUUUGAUGAGUGUUUAAAGAUGAUUAGCUUCGUAAUUCUCAAAAUUAUUAUUGAAAAUUGAUGAUGAUCAACGAACGGGGCUGAUAGGGUUAAGAACUGGAAUUGUUCACAUUACGCCCUGUUGUAGAGGGCAAACUAUUUGUACUUCACGGCAGAACCAUUUCAAUGAACGUGCAGAGGUAAUUUGAAAGCUAUACGUUUGAUGGUGCGUGACAGCGUAGCCCUGUAACAGAAUAAAUAUUUUUGAAACG